AUGGGCCUUGUGUUGACCGUGCAGGCUCACCCCCAGCUGAUGCCAUCUCCGUCAACUACCAACAGCUACCUGACCAACCUCCACCACCACCAUCAAUUGACCCUAAACAAGGUCCCUGACAAGUACCCAAGGACUUGCACCAAGAGCGUUCAGAAGGUUGUCUGCUUCUUCUGUGCCAUCGCCCUGCUGGUCGUCAUCUCUCUGAUCAUCCUUGUCGAGAAUGGCCUCACGAUGCGAGGCAGCUCCCUAGUACAAUGCACGUCUCAGUCGGCUAAGACGGAGGUGCCCAUCGAAGGAUGCGAGGAGAAGGAGUUACCUCCUCUCUUACACCUCCAAGAGACAUCCUCCUGA